GUACAGGGCAACAAUGGUUUCGUACAGCAGCCGGUACCCGGCCCACAGAACGUGGUCAAUGAUGGUGGGACCGCAGAUCUUUACGAUAUGGAAGGGCCCGCCUACUAUUACUACUUUUACUAUGACGACGAUAACAAAGUCCCGAACAACAACCUCCCUGCCAAUGUUCCCGGAGCUCUUUUGGGCAAAGCAGUGGAAGAUUUCCAACCUGACAUGAAGGUUGAUGAGAACAUUGUUAAAGUGGAAGAGGGAAGUAAGAUUGCUGAUGGAGUCGACGCUUCUAAUCAAGUACACCAGGAUGGGAUUCCGGCGGGAAAUGACUCUGAGAAUUCUGUCAAUGAAGUCAACACAGACGAG